AUGGUGCCACUGAAGAACAAAAGAACAGAUGUUGAACGUGUUCCCGCCAAGAGAACUGAGACAAAGCAGAAAGUUGCAGAGCAGCCAGUAAUCGUAGUGGCUAGGCCACCACUACCGUUGUCAAAGAGACUUCAUAAGCAGAAGGUAUACAUCAAUACCUUUUUAGUGGAGCUUUUACAAGAAGUUCCAGAAUAUGCUAAGUACAUCAAGAAUGGUGUUGCAAUUAAGAGGCACCUGACGGAGUUUGAAGCGGUUGCACUUACUGAGGAGUGCAGUUCUAGAGUGAGAGGCAAGAUUCCUCCAAAGCUGAAAGAUCCAGGCAGUUUCACCAUUUUAAUCAUUGGUAAUAUUGAGGUUAGGCUAGCAUUGUGUGAUUUGGGUGCUAGUAUUAAUCUGAUGCCCACCUUUGUGCUUAGAAUGUUAGGGUUGGGUGAGCCAAGGCCAACAACAGUCACUUUGCAGUUAGUGGAUAGAUCUCUAGCAUAUCCCGAUGGCAUAAUUAAAGAUGUUCUUGUGAAAGUGGGUUCAUUCAUUCUACCAAUUGAUUACAUCAUUCUUGAUUAUGAAGCUGAUAAGAAUGUCCCUCUCAUCAUGAGAAGGGGAUUCUUAGCUACUGUUGAUGCGGUUAUCCGAGUCAGAGAUAUGAAGAUAUCCAUGACAGUAGAUGGGCAAGAGGCUACUUUUGAUGUAUUUAAAGAAACUAAGUUGCCGCCCUAUUAUGAAGAAUUGAAGAUGGUCACCAUUGUAGAGCCUGAGCUAAUACAUGCAGAGCUAGAUCACUUUCUGGCUACUAGAGAUCCUUUGGAGAUAGCCUUGGUAUAUUAUGAGGAGUUGGUGGAAGAUGAGAAGGUUGAACGAGUGUUGCGAGUACUGAGAGAUAGAAUUCAAGCCCUCGAAUGGACUAUAGCUGACAUUCGAGGGAUCAACAACUCAUUUUGCAUGCACAACAUACUAUUAGAGGAAGAUAGCUGGCCCAGUGUUGAAAAUCGGAGAAGUCUGAACCCAGUCAUAAAAGAGGUGUUAAAGAAAGAAGUGAUUAAGUGGCUUGAUGCUUGCUUUUAUAGGCGAUACAUCAAGGAAUUCUCAAAGAUCCCGAACCCGAUUUACAAGCUGCUAGAAAAAAAUUUGAAAUUCGUAUUCAAUGAAGCCUGUCUGAAGGCUUUUGAUGAGCUCAAAUUAAGGUUAGUGACUGCACCGAUUAUCAUCGCGCCAGAUUGGACUCUGUCAUUUGUGUUGAUGUGUGAUGCAUGUGAUUUUGCUGUGGGGGUUUUUCUCAGUCAUAAAAGGGACAAGAUCUUUCAUCCUAUUUAUUAUGCCAGCAAGACACUUGAUGCAGCCCAGAUAAACUAUACAAUUACAGAGAAGGAGUUAUUGGUGGCGGCCUACGCCUUUGUCAAAUUCCAAUCUUACUUGGUGGGGACGAAGAUUCUUGAUCGAAAGGGCACAGAGAAAAAAAUAGCAAAUCACUUAUCCAAACUUGAGGAUCGAGAGCACGUUGAUCCCUAUGAUAAUGAUGAUAAGGAGAAGUUCGAGCCGGCUGAUGGCGAGGACGAUGAUACAGUGAUGAUGAGUAGUCCCUAG